AUGCGCCGCAAGCCUCCCCGAAAGAGCACCGGCGUGCGUCCAACAGGCCAGCUGGCGCUGGGCUGGCUGGACGGACGGCUGGACCAUCCACAGUCCAGUCAGUACCAGGCUGCUGGAAAGGCGAUCAACAGAAGAGAGCAGGCGACGAGGUCGAGUGGCCCGCCCGCUUCCACGAGGAAGGGAAAAGCCAAGUCAGGGCCAGAUGAAUCUUGGAUGCAGUCUGUCGUCAUCAGCGCCGCUUCUUCCAAGGCCCAGGAGUUCCAGGCUUCUGGCCCCCCGGGAGAGGGGGAGAGGGCCCCAUUCUCGGCCAGGGCUGUGUCGUGGAAAAGUGGUGGUGCUGUGAAGAGCCACGGAGACGAGAAGGAGCUCGGGUCGAGGCCGCGCGGUGGAGAGGAUGGUUGAGAGGAGGGUAAUGGUAACAGCGGGAAGGCAGAUGGGAGCUGGGGCCCGCUGGCGGAGACAGACCUUCCCGGUUCCUUUGACGGCGGGCUCUGA